AUUUCUCUUCCUAAGAAUUUGAGGUUUCUUCAUAGAAAUUGGGCACAAUAAAAAUGAAGCCCCUUUCAGGAGCUUAUUGACAUUAGCACACCAGUAGUGCCUGGUGCCCCAUGCUGUUGUGCACUUUCCACGUCUUUGCUAGCAUUGCUACACCUCUGGAGAUCACAUCCCUGUGCUGGCUCUCACAAAAAAAUUGGAGUGAGUGAGACCGACCUUGAAGGGACCCCCACUUUCUAAGGACCCCAUAUCAGCUGCAUACUGUGCCUCUAUGUAUGUACGCACUUGGUGUUAAGGUUUCCCCAGAGCCUGAAUAGGUUGCAGUUAAGACUCCAUCUACAUGGACAAUGGAUCUUGUAACCUCAGGGUACGUCCACACGUACCGGAAAUUGUAGUGGAAAAGCCAGCAGCGUUUUUGGACAGAAACAACAGAAACUGCUACAAAAACCGAUGUGAAGUCAGGAAGGAAACCAGAGGAGAGGAACUCAUCCAGGCAGGAGACAAGAGAAUUAGGAAUAAUUGAGGGGAGAAGACUGGUACAGUAGAAGACGGGCGGUGGCUUCCAGAUCUCAGUAACGUUUGAAGGUUUUGUAAGGUUCCUUGACUUUGGUUCCCCUACCUGGGGCAUAAGAAAUGACUGGUAGAUACACUCAUGUUGUGGUCAGAGGGGUGCCCUCCUCUCUGGCACAGGAGGCCGAUGGGAAGGUGGACCUUGCAAGGGCUCAGAGAGAAAGUGGAGUCCUCUGUGGCAUCUUACGACAGAAACUAGGACUUCAAGUGAUGGAGCUUCCACCAAAUGAAGAUCUACCCCAAGGGCAACUUAUUGGUGACAUGGCAGUGGUAAUAGCAGACACAGCUUUAAUCACCCGCCCGUCAAACCCUGCAAGGAGAAAAGAGACAGAAGGUUUACAGAAGUUGUUUGAAGAGUUGAAGUUUCGAGUUUGUGAACUUACAGAUGAAAGUGCCACCUUGGAUGCCAGUGACAUCCUCUUCACAGGUACAGAAAUCUUUGUGGGUUUGUCAAAGUGGACCAAUCUCCGAGGUGCUGAGAUGGUGGCGAAAACUUACCAGGAUUAUGCAGUCUCCACUGUACCGGUCGCAGGAGAUUUCCACCUAAAGAGUUUCUGCAGCAUGGGCGGCCCGGACACCCUGGUUAUCGGCAGCAGCGACACUGCUAAAAAAGCACUCAAGACGAUGGAGCAGCUGACGGACCACCAUUACGAGACGCUGACCGUGCCCGACGACCCCGCCGCCAACUGCAUCUACGCUCGCGUGGGUCCAAAGUCCAGCAUCCUGGUUCAUCGCAGUGCAGAGGAAUAUCCAAACAGUGUCCAGGUCUUUCAGAAGCUGACAGAUAUUACGCUGGUCCCUGCGUCUUGCACCGAGGUCUCGAAGAUCGGAGGCUGUCUGACCGCCUGCUCUAUACUGAUAAAUCGCAAGCUAGAGAUCUGAGUUGUCGACCACCUUGAGGCUAGUUGUCAGACCACCCAACCUGACCCGGAGUUGUUGGUAUACAGGCAGCAGCCGUCCCUCUCGUAUCUCGCCGUACAGCAGACAUGUCAGUCUAUGGGUUUAAUGGUAUCAUACAUAUUUUACAGUACUGCACACAGCCUGUAGCACAGUGCGUAUAGACAUAUCUAGGGUCAGGCUGCCUGUAGAUUUCAGUAGUUAUCUGGAAUUAGACUUUAUUUCUUUUUCUUUUUUCUAUAGGUGAGAGGAUCUAGCCCGACCUGGUUAAGAUAAUGGAGUUUAGUUAUCGUAGGCUGUCGACUGCAAUUAUUAGUGGCUUAUAAAGUUUAUUACUAAUCCAUAACUGAAUGACGGAGGCCUUUACACGUCAGCAGGGGCAAGCCUAUUUGAAUGAUUGUUGCUGUAAUGUCUCAUGUGGCCACUAGAUGGUGCUGACAUGCACCUAGAAAAUGCUGUUUACUUUAUGGUUACAACUGUUGGUAUAAAAAAAAAUCUGAUUACUAAUGCAGGCUUUGGCAGUGAAUGGCAUGGUAAAACUGUUGCCCCCCCCCCCAGUGCCAAUACAUCUUUUAACUCAUUGGAGAGCAGAUGGCUUUGUCGGCACUCUUCUAGAUCUUGGCCAUAUUAAUCAGAUUUUUUUUUUCAAAAAAUCUGCAGGGAAAAAUCUGAUUAGUAAUGCAAACUGGAAUGGUCUUCUCCCCUUCUACAUGCCUUGGUGCCAGUCAAGUUAUGAGCUCAGCUGAUCUAGUUUGACAGUUCUGUUAAUACACUGCCUGACAACCCUAACCGUCUCAAUGUGAUUGUCAGGUAGCUGCUCCAUAGCGGCCUGGUUUGGAUGGCUUUGUUCUCAGCUUGUGAAUGGAAUGGCGCUGAACCGAGGGCAGCGAGCGGUGCAGAGGCAUAGCAGAACCCAACUGUUACUUUUCCUUACCGCUGCUUUAUUAAUCAGAUUUUUGCAAUAUAGAAGUAGGUGGAAUUUGUAGAUGUGAUUACAUUCUGGGUUAUCCAUUUGAACUUUUUUGUAAUAUCCAGUACAGAAUGAAAGGGCAUCUAUGGAAAUAUUACCAAAGGGGGGAAAAAUAUCAGACUGUUCCAACCAAUCAGAUGUUUGCAUCCAUGUUGGGCCUAGAACUUUUUGUAAGUGUAAUGCUAUUGUCUGCAUUGCCCGGGCUGAUAAGGUCAUAGCAAUAGAUCAGGUUCAAUCACUGCUUCUCUCCAGCUGCUGUAAACUACAACGUCAGCCUUCAGGGCAUGCUGGGGUUUGUAGUUCUGCACCAGCUGGAUAAUGACUGGUUAGAGAACACUUCUCUACAGCGAUGCACACCAAGAAGCAAUCGACCUGUUGACUGCCAAAGGGCGACAUGGCUCAUUCUACCUUGUACUGCCUUACGACUUGUCACAGUUGUCACCUCUUCUGUGGUCAUUCUGAAUGUAGCAGUCAUGAUUGUUGACGGCACAUCCUGGCAGUCAUAUCUUAGCCGGGCGGUAAUCUGUUGUUGCCUUCUGGUGCUAUUUUUGGUUGAAUGGGUGUUUGGAGGGGAUGGACCUCCCCUGGGUUCAGAGGGUGGAUCUUCGUUUAUCUCGUUCCAUGCAGUUUGUCCCCUCUAUUCUCUAGAGCAUCAGUAGGGUACAGUAGACCACCCCUGUUCUGUCUCCUCUACCAUAUGCUGGAAACUGGGUUUGUUUUUUAACCAUUUGACUUUAUAAAUAAAAGGCUUCAAGACAA